GCCUACAGUCAAAAGUCUGGAGUACAGCUGGUUGGCGCCCGAGUGAUUCGCAUGAGCUCCACAACCAUACAAUUGCUGACUUGAGAAUACGAAUCGUGAAUUCUGAUCAAAGCUCCACUUUGACUCAAUCUCUUCUAGAAUAGACCCCCUCCGCUAAUGCGAGGCACGCGCCUUUGAUUCAACGCUCCUUUGCUCAUCCUCAAGGCUGUCCCUCUCACCAGCCACCCGUCCCGACUUCAUUCUUCAACGCCCUUCUACGCCUGCUUCACCGCACACGGCUUACAGGCAUUUCAGCCCUCAUUCGCCAGCGCAUACAUCUGUCGAGAAGGAAGAAGGAAGUCAAGGGCCUUAGACGUGCGUCAUGAUCAAGAUUUGGAGUCUCAAGAAGGAUGAGGAGACGGCAAGGAAGAAGAAGCCGAAGACGAGUCCAGCACAAUUGAGAGUCCAAAAAGACCUCACCGAGCUGGAGCUGCCGACGACCAUGAAGACGACUUUCCCGGACCCUGCAGAUGUGCUCAACUUUCAGCUCAACAUUCAGCCAGAUGAAGGCAUGUACAAGGCCGGCUCAUUCAACUUCUCUUUCGCGAUCAACAACAAUUACCCUCAUGAUCCCCCGAAAGUCAGAUGCUUGCAAAAGAUCUAUCACCCAAAUGUGGAUCUCGAAGGCAACGUUUGCUUGAACAUCUUGCGAGAGGACUGGAAGCCAGUCUUGAAUCUUAAUUCGGUUAUGGUGGGCCUACAAUACCUGUUCCUGGAACCGAAUGCAGACGAUCCCUUGAACAAAGAGGCGGCUGAAGACUUGAGGCAAGAUAGAACGGGCUUUACGAAGAACGUAAAGACCUCAUUAGCUGGGGGCUCUGUCAAGGGCAUCUCGUAUGACAAUGUCAGCAAGUAAGCUCCAGCUCCCUCUCAGCACCAUACCACGCGGUCUAUACCACGCAGUCUCCAUCGUGAGCAGACCACUUUCACCUUCGCAUGCAUGCUUGUCGCCAUAGCUUCUCUGCGCGGACUGCCAGACGAGGCGUGACCUGUCAGACGCAAUGUGGUCCUUCGCUGAGUCUUCUGCGAUAGACGGUUGAAGCAAGAAGACCUGACAAACGCGCAUGCUGCCAGGCUUUUCCCAGUUGCUCGUCUUGGCUGUGAUGGCGAGCUGAUCUGUGAUCAAGGUCUACACUUUGGAAGAACAAGUUGUUUCGUGAUCUUCCAAUCAUUCAAGAUUGAAUCGCAAAUGCGUCGAGCAGCCGUUCAAGCACUUUGCGGUCCGCGAUCACCAGCGAGCCACGAUCGGG